ACUUCCAAAACAUAUCACCGAACUUCUCACUCUUCCCUACUUGUCUGCGUGUGCCACUUUUUCCUUUUCUUUCCUGUCCCAUCACUAAUUAAUAUAACUCUUUCCAUACCAAUGGCCUCCGUCGUGUCUGAAAUCCGCAAGGCUCAGAGAGCCGACGGCCCCGCCACGGUUUUGGCGAUUGGCACUGCCACACCACCGCAUAGCGUUCUACAGUCAGACUACCCUGACUACUACUUUCGCAUUACUAAAUCCGAACAUAUGACUCAAUUGAAGGAGAAGUUCUCCCGAAUGUGUGAAAAGUCGAUGAUCAGAAAGCGACACAUGUAUCUGACGGAGGAGAUUCUUCGAGAGAAUCCGAAUAUGUGCGAGUACAUGGCACCUUCCUUAGACGCGCGUCAAGACAUGGUGGUCGUUGAGGUACCAAAACUGGGAAAAGAAGCGGCUGCAAAAGCUAUUAAAGAGUGGGGCCAACCCAAAUCCAAAAUCACACAUCUCAUCUUCUGCACCACUUCCGGCGUCGACAUGCCCGGCGCCGAUUACCAACUCCUCAAGCUCCUCGGUCUCCGACCCUCCGUCAAACGCUACAUGAUGUACCAGCAAGGCUGCUUCGCUGGCGGAACCGUCCUCCGCCUCGCCAAGGAUUUAGCGGAGAACAACAGAGGAGCCAGAGUGUUGGUCGUCUGCUCGGAGAUCACCGCUGUCACGUUCCGUGGGCCCUCCGAGACUCAUUUGGACUCGAUGGUGGGUCAGGCGUUGUUUGGAGAUGGUGCAGGGGCGGUGAUUGUUGGGUCGGAUCCGGAUCUGUCAGCAGAGCGGCCAUUGUACGAGUUGGUCUGGACCGGAUCGACGGUGUUGCCGGACUCGGAGGGGGCGAUCGACGGACAUUUGAGGGAAGUGGGGCUGACCUUCCAUUUGCUUAAAGAUGUGCCUGGCCUUAUCUCUAAGAACAUUGAGAAGAGCCUUAAAGAGGCAUUUACACCACUUGGAAUUAGCGAUUGGAAUUCCAUUUUCUGGAUAGCCCAUCCUGGCGGCCCUGCCAUUCUCGAUCAGGUGGAGGCGAAACUAAGUCUAAAGGAGGAAAAGAUGAGAGCAACUCGAGAGGUUCUAAGCGAGUAUGGUAACAUGUCAAGCGCGUGUGUGUUGUUUAUAAUGGAUCAAAUGAGGAAGAACUCUAUGGAGGAAGGGAAUUCAACAACCGGAGAAGGGCUCGAAUGGGGAGUUCUGUUCGGGUUCGGGCCGGGGCUAACGGUGGAGACUGUGGUGCUACAUAGUGUCGACAUAAAGGAAAGCACCGUCAACGUUGCCUCUUAUUAAUUAAAACCACUUUGCUGCUUGGUGAUCCAAUUUAUGUUUGGUUUGGUAGUUGGCACGCAGAGUAAUGAAAAGUAGGACUCUAUGGUUACUUAUGAAUUGAAGGGAAAAGGGAAGACAACUGCAGUAAUAUACUAGGAGAACUUUUUAUGUUAUUGUUAAGGUGAGUACUGUGUGUAUUUCAAUGCUUUUUCUAUGAAUUUAUCCUUAAAUACUUGACGCUGAAGCUUUGUUUUUAAAUAUUACAUGUCGUACAAAAUCUUCAAUUAUUGUCCAAUUUUAGUGAUUCUGAUGAAAUUUCUUUGAGCUAUAAAGAAGAAGCUUAGUGUUAAUUAUUUCA